AUGGCACGAAUCUUUAGUGCCCUUGCCCUCGCAGCGGCCGUUGCGGGUCUUCCGCAUCAAGAAGUUGACCAGCAUAAUGAUGUCUGCAGAACGAAUGAUGUGCUCACCGACAUCCUGAGGCUAUACCCGGGAGGAGUCCCCUACUGCCGGGAGUUAUUGGAUAAUCUAUCCUCGACUGUCACUGUGACGACGACAGUUACGCCCAAUGCCAUUAUUGCCCAGUCCACGGAGACUUUGACAACCACCAUCAAUGCGCACCCGACAACGGAGACUUCGACAAGAUACGUCACCCACAGCAUUACCGUUCCAGUCACCCAAACUAUCACCGACCUGAGCUCUAUCGCUGUGACCGAAACGGCGACUAGCCACAUUACGGACCCUCGGACAACUAUCACCACUGAUGUCGAAACUACAACUAUUACCGAGCCAUUCGACAUGACUGUGACCCAGACAUAUACAGACACCCUCACUGAGACCUCUACUCGCACGGAUACCGAAUGGACUGAUGCAACUAUCACCGCUGUUACUUCCUCGACCACCACGGCCACAGUCACAAAUUCCGUGACUGAUUAUUCCACGGACAUUGUCACACAAUAUGUAACCUUGUUUGUCACCGACUCGGAAACCGAUAACCAUUACAAUUGGAUCACCCAGACGGAGACCAACUAUUACACCGAGACCACUACUCUUUCAUUUACCGACACUGUCACUGAGACGGACACAAAUACCAUCUCCAUCCCCUUUACGGCUGAGGUCGAUCAAAGAGGAACACAGACAGACACCGUCACCACCAUUGAAACCAGUUAUGCCACCGAUACGAACUCUGUCUUCGUUACGCAGACUGCUGAAGCUACGGAGACAAUCAACACUGCAGUCACAAAUGUUGCAACCGCGACGGCAACAGUUACAGUCGCUGCUAGGGCAGUGAGUCUGGAAGAGGAGGAAGAAUGCGAAGAGCUAGACCCUGAUGCUGGAAUCACCCCUCACGUUCCUUUCUUCUUGGUCUUAUUGAGGGGCUUCAGCGAGAGCCAAUUGGAGGCGGCUUGCUUCUGUCUGCAUAUCAAUGAGGAUAUUGCUUCGAAGGUGGUGACCAAAACGCUGGCCCCUUCCACUGUCACGCAUACCAGCACAUCUCACGCCACCGUCCAUGCGACUCCGACGGUUCAUGUGGUCAAUGUUAUUACUCGCCUGUCAACCAUUCACCCCACGAGCUAUGUCACUCAGCAUCAGACAAACUCGACUACUAUCAGCAUCACCACUACAGAUACUGUCUAUCCCACUGUAUAUGUCACUACGGACGUCACUUCUACUGCGACUGCGACUGAGACAAUGACCGUUACGGAAGUACAGUCUACCACCGUGACUGCUACCAUCACUGCUGAUGCUACCACGGACCUGACCUCUUGGACUACCCUCGAGCAGACAGACUAUGCCACGGUGUCUGUCACUGACAAUGUCACUGACGAUGUGCUGCUUACAUCAACGGCCGACAUGACUCUCUAUCCGACAACUGUUGUCACAACCGACAUUACUCUCUCUCCGACUACCACUGUUACUACCGAUGUCACUGCAUUGGCUACAGCUUCUGAGACGAGCAUUGUAACUGAGACCACAACCACAGAUGUCACUGCAUUGCAGUUUGUUCUUUCUACCUCUUCCAUCACGGUGACUGUUACCGUACCCACUACUCUUCAGACGACCAUUCAAACCACCGUGGAUGCCACAGUCACAGCUCAAAUCACCCAAACGACCGAUGUAAUUGUCACAUCAACCGUUUCCACAACCACAACGCAGACCGUCACUGUCACUGCCGCCCCCACCUGUGGCCCCAGCGUCAAUGUCUUGACGAACCCAAACUUCGCAAAUACUGUAAACGGCUUGAGUUAUCAACUUUAUCCGUGGUCAACCGGGGGCAGCGGCGGCUAUACACCCACUGGUGGACAUGAUGUAAACACGUAUGGACUUGACCUGGAGACCUUUGGCUCCGGUUAUAUCACGUUGCAUCAAAGUGUGACCCUGACUCCUGGAAAAUCCUACACUCUCACAUUUUGGUGGGUCCCGAUUCUCCAGUCAGCCGGCUCAUACCUGACAUGUUCCCUCACUCAGGGGACGGGCAACCUGGAAAUUAAUCUCCAGUCUUACACUUAUGCUUGGCAGACAUCCAUACACUCCUUCACUGCAAAUACGGCAAGUGAUACUUUCUCCUGCACGCUGGUCUCAACCUCAGAGACUCAGGUACUGGUUUCAGAUUUCGUACUCUACACUCCGUGCUAG